AUUCAAACUAGGAUAAUAAUUCAUAUAUUAUGCCUAUAGAGAGAGAGAGAAUAAUAAAAAUUAAACUUCAUAUGAACUUUUGUCUAGACAUAAACACAAGUGUGUAAGAUCCUAACUGUAACUCAUGUGUAAGAACCCAAUAUCAACUAUAAAUGGAAAGCAGACAAAAUUCUGAGUUGGGAGCUUUACUUCAUGGAUAAUCCUCUUAAUAAUAUUUUCAUAUUUGGUGGAAUCUCCACCUUUCUCCCACUCAGCAAAUUUAUUUAUAUCAAUUCAAAUUUCUUCACUUGAAACAGAAGCUCACAGAUUGCAUCAAUGGCGUCUGCAGUGAAUGGUUGUACCAAUCAUCCAUGUCUUAUGGUGCAUCAUCCCUUCCAAACUCCAUCCUCUCGUUUGAAUCUCAAUUCCUCUUCAGCUGCUUCAAUCUUGAGUUGUAAACCAAAGCUUUCAAUUAGGUGCCAAUCAUCCACGAGCACCGAUGAAACGAAAGCAACCAAGAAGAUGAACUUGCUAGACAAUGCAAGCAAUCUGCUCACUAAUUUCUUGAGUGGGGGGAAGAUACUGUCGAUGCCUACUGCUGAAGGCGCAGUCUCGGAUCUCUUUGGCAAACCACUCUUCUUAUCCUUGUUCGAUUGGUUCAUCGAGCAUGGCUCAGUAUAUAAACUUGCCUUUGGGCCUAAAGCAUUCGUUGUCGUCUCAGAUCCCAUCGUUGCUAGGCAUAUUCUUCGCGAGAAUGCCUUUUCCUACGACAAGGGCGUUCUUGCUGAUAUAUUGGAGCCGAUAAUGGGCAAAGGCCUCAUACCUGCUGACCUCGACACAUGGAAGCAGAGGAGACGAGUCAUCGCUCCCGGAUUCCACUCCCUUUUCUUGGAAACUAUGGCGAAAAUGUUUGCAGACUGCUCCGAGAGAAUGACUUCGAAAUUCGAUAAGCUCUUAGAAGUUGAAGCUUCAAGAGGAGUGGAGAAGAUAGAGCUGGAUCUCGAGGCCGAGUUCUCUAGCUUGGCGCUCGACAUCAUCGGCCUCGGUGUCUUCAACUACGACUUCGGCUGUGUCACCAAAGAAUCCCCAGUGAUUAAGGCUGUGUACGGUACCCUCUUCGAGGCUGAGCACCGUUCGACGUUCUACAUACCUUACUGGAAGCUCCCUUUGGCGAAGUGGCUCGUCCCUCGACAGAGGAAGUUCCAGAGUGACCUCAAAGUCAUAAACGAUUGCCUCGACGGGCUGAUCAAGAACGCGAAGGAGACUAGAGAGGAAGCCGAUGUCGAGAAGCUGCAGCAACGCGACUAUGCAAACAUCAAGGAUGCUAGUCUUUUGCGUUUUUUAGUCGACAUGAGAGGAGUAGACGCUGAUGAUCGUCAGCUCAGGGACGACUUGAUGACGAUGCUUAUAGCCGGACACGAGACGACUGCAGCUGUGCUUACAUGGUCUAUUUACCUUCUAGCACAACAUCCGUCCAAGAUGAAGAAAGCACAGGAAGAGAUCGAUUUGGUGCUUGGACAGGAGACGAUCACGUUUGAAUCGAUAAAAAAGCUCGAGUAUCUGCGGCUUAUUGUCGUGGAAGCCCUACGAUUAUAUCCACAGCCUCCGUUGCUCAUCAGACGGUCUCUGAAACCCGAUAGGUUACCGGGUGGCUAUAAUGGCGAUGAAGACGGGUACUCAAUUCCAGCCGGGACGGACUUGUUCAUCUCUGUGUAUAAUCUCCACAGGUCUCCGUAUUUCUGGGACAACCCUAAUGACUUCGAGCCGGAGAGGUUUCAGGUGCAAAAGCCGAGCCAAGUUGAUGGUUGGGCCGGUUUUGAUCCAUCCCGUAGCCCCGGGGCGUUGUAUCCUAAUGAGAUCAUUGCGGAUUUCGCCUUCUUGCCCUUCGGAGGAGGGCCAAGAAAAUGCGUCGGGGACCAAUUCGCCCUCAUGGAGUCGACCGUGGCGCUGGCGGCGUUACUACAAAAGUUCGACGUAAACCUGCGAGGAUCGCCGGAAUCCGUCGAACUAGUUACCGGAGCCACUAUCCACACCAAGAGCGGAAUGUGGUGCCAGCUGAAGAAGAGGUUGUUGAUUGCUAAUUGAUUGUUGUAAUUAUAGAUUAGCAACCAUAAAAUGAAACAAUUAUUUCAUGCAAUUUUCCCUAAAUUAUGGGCAAAUAUCGAAAUCGAGCAUCAAAUUUUACUCA